AUGGUGGCCGUCGACAACCACCGGGACAUCCAAUUGAUAGUUAUCCGCGAGUUUCAGAUAAGAGAUGUCUUUCUCAGUCGAGUCGUAACACCACUCGAGCUCUUCGGGAGCCACCGAUUCCUCGGACCACUUGCGGCGAAACUCAUUGACCAGAUUGUCGUCCAAACGGUGUUUGCAGUCAUUGCAAAAGACGCGUCGAUCGCCGCCCGACUUGUGCGACAAAUGCAACAACUCUUUGAGACACCGGCGGUGUGUGGCCGCACUUCAGCACUUCCGUGUUGUCCAACGGUUCCAAUUGAUGCCAACAAAGGGCGCAUUGCGGACCUUUCGCCUCGUGGUGUGACUUGCGAUGAUGUCCUCCUCUCGCCCCGUGACCUCUCUUAUGGCCGGUGUCUGAAUCGCUGGAACUGUCAGAAGAACUGCUGGAACUACUGCUCGAAGAACUACUGCUGCAUUGCCGGUGGUGUUGGUUCUAUUAUACAUCUGGAAAGUAACUUGUUUAAAUAA